CAGGCGGUGUGCCGCCAGCUUCUGAAACACCCGCUACGAAGUUGCUCCGCGACGUGGUCAACAGGUCCCCGUCUUUUCCGAGCGCCUCAAGUCCUCCCUACAGACAUUCGAACCCAGCAUCGCACAAUGAAAGUGUACACCAAGACUGGUGACAAGGGCACGUCCCAACUCUUUUCUGGCGAACGUCGCCGAAAGGACGACGCCGUGUUCAUGGCGCUCGGCGACACGGACGAACUGAACGCCCAGAUUGGUGUUGCAUUAACACAAUUUGAACUGCUCGGCAUUGAGACAACCCUGCAUCCAGGCGUGGAGUUUCAAUCGCGCCUGGAGGAGAUUCAGUCGAGACUGUUCGACGUUGGCGCAAGCGUUGCGACACCUUUGAGCUCCGCUGGCCAAAGUAAGAUUCGCCGCGCUGAAUUCGAACCGUCGAAUGUGACUGUCUUGGAAACCUGGAUCGACGAAAUGGAUGAACAUUUGGAGCCUUUGCGCAAUUUCAUUCUGCCCAGCGGUGGUGGCCUGGCGUCUUGUCAACUCCAUGUCGCUCGUGCCGUGUGCCGCCGUGCCGAGCGCCGCGUGGUGUCCAUCGGAGGCGACGACGUUGAUCCAGUUGUCAUUCAAUAUUUGAAUCGAUUGAGCGACUUUCUGUUCGUUGCCGCCCGGUUCGUCGCGUUCUUGGAAGGCAAAUCCGAGACCAUUUGGAAGAAGCAAGUAAAACCAACGUCGUAAACUAACUACUGUUCUUGUGUACACGGAAUGAUCGCAGCACCACGAGUUCUAGAGGCUUUGACUCGUCGCUACACCAAUUUCAAGGAGAGGUGGCUGCUGUCGAGACGUGCCUAUCGACGACGUCGUCGUGGUCGCUACGAGUGCUGAGGCUAGUACUAGAGAGUUGGAGUUGAAUGCAUACAAAAUCGGAGCUGCGGCUUCUUCGCUGCCGCCACUCCCAUUGUUUCA